CUAGUCACGAACAUGGAAGACAGGGAUUGUUGUUGUUCCACCAAUUCAAACAUCACACGAAGCAAAAGAAGUAGCAGUCACACGGAGAAAGCGAAGAAACAACAACAAGAGAAACCAAUCAAACCAUACAGAGGGAUAAGGAUGAGGAAGUGGGGUAAGUGGGUGGCUGAGAUUAGAGAACCAAACAAGAGAUCCAGGAUUUGGUUGGGUUCUUACACCACCCCUGUCGCCGCCGCACGAGCCUACGACACCGCCGUGUUCUACCUGAGGGGCCCAUCAGCUCGCCUCAACUUCCCCGAAUUGUUGUUCCAAGACCAAGAAGAUUCCAUCCAUCAAUUACAGAACAUGUCCGCAGAUUCCAUACGCCAAAAAGCCACCCAAGUUGGUGCCAGAGUGGACGCUCUCCAAACAGCUCUUCAUGCUUCUUCCACUUCCACCUCCCAGAAACCUGACUUGAAUGAGUUUCCAAAACCUGAAGAUUCCCUUGACCUUCAGGAUUGAUAUUAUUAAUAUAUAUAUCAAUAUUAUUAAUAUUGAUGAAGCUUUGGAGCUAGGGCUUGGAACUAAACCCUUCAGCCCUUCACCUUAAUUUGUCUAUCUUCUUGUUUUUCAGUUGAAUAUCUUUAAUCAUAUUAUUAAAGUACAUAUUUUCUAGGGUUUCUGCUAAGUGCUGCCACUAUCUUUAUUAGAAGAAAGAGGAUAUAAAGAAUUAGAUAUCUGUAGUAGUACCUUGUAGCUUGUGACGUUCCAUAUGGUUUUGCAAAGGUGUAACAUAAAAUGGCCACUAAACGUCAAUGGGUGUCGGUGGCUUCUUUCGCUACGACAAGCUAGAAAGAUAGUUCAUCCAAUUAAUUGUUUUUAAGUAGGAGAAUCUUGUUCUUUUCCUAUCCAAAAG